AGUUGCCAAUGUGCACCACCCCACAUUGCGCUGGCUUACAGAGCGGAAAAGCAAAUACACAUUCUCUCAUGGGCCUUGGCCGCUCUCAAUCUUCUCUCUGCUUUAACGCGCUGACGUUUUAACAUCCAACAUCCAACCAUCAAAGGUCAAAGGUACCGAUGGCAGAGUUGCACCGCUGUGUGUAGUGUGUAGUGUAAGCACUCGCAAGACCAUGUGAAAGCUUAUCUGAGAGAACGAGAAACGCCCAAAACUUUAUUACAAAUUUGAUAUUACGUUGACAAAUUAAGAAGUGAUCAAUUCGCUCGUAAAUAAUUCAAUAAUUAUUUAUUAUAUAAUUUCACGUUCAAAUAUCACUAUCGCGCAAGAAUAAAUUGUGCGAUUCGUCAUUGACAGCGUAGAAAUGUCACUACUAUCAAGCGUGUUUUCUGCAGCACGUAUAUACGUAUUACAUUUUGCGAUACUUUUGAUAUUGUGCGCUAAGCAAGAUGAAUCGUUUUAUAAUUUUUUUAUUACAUACAUAUAAUACUAAGUGCGUACGGAAUAUACAUAUAUAUAACCACAAUGUAAAGUUUUAUAUAACACAUUUUGAUCACUGAUGUCACGCUGUAUCAAUGAAACAAUGGCUACUGGUAGUAGUAGUUUUAUAAGUAAACCACCACGAGGAUGGUUACAUCCGGAUCAUCUAGUAAGUACGGAAGGAAUUACUUAUACCGUAAAGUACAUAGGAUGUCUCGAAGUAUAUACAUCUAUGAAAAGCUUAGAUUUUGAAACACGGUCAUGUGUAGCUAAAGAAUGUAUAAAUAGAGUUUGCGAAGCUGCUGGAUUAAAAUCAGCUGAUAAAAAACGCAGGGUCGACAGGAAAGUAUUGAGAGCUAUCGCAGAUAAACCUCGUAUGGAACAUACUACCGCUACUGUUAAUUUAACUAUCAGUAGUUGUAGUUUAUCUCUAACUAAUAUCGAAACUGGACAUAUUAUUGCUAAACAUGAUAUGCCAAGAAUAUCUUUUGCUUCAGGUGGUGAUACGGAAAUAUUGGAUUUUGUUGCCUACGUUGCUAAAAAUAUGCAAGAGUGGCGCGCAUGUUACGUGCUCGAAUGCACAAAUGGUUUAGCGCAGGAUGUUAUUUCUACUAUUGGACAAGCUUUUGAACUUAGAUUUAAAGAGUUUCUUACAAAACCAAGUUCUUUCUUACACCCUGGGUUAAAUGGUGCCAGAGAAAUAGAUAGGGAUUAUUAUAAUGAUUUACCAGGAAAAGUACCACCAGACAUUGGUCCACCACCGGUACCUCCUUUACCCACUAUAGCAUCCACACUGCCUAAUCUCAAGCAUCAUCAAAAUCAUGCCUCAACACGUACUCAAAGAGAGAAAGAAAAUAACGAUUUGUUCUCUCCUGAGACACAACAAUUGGCAGAAACUGGAAACUUGAUUGAUUUAAAUUCUGACGAUGCUAUUUCUUCAUCAACGAAUGUAAAUAUAACAUCUGAGCAUAAUUAUGUGAAUGAUAGUGUUAUAGCUGCCAACAGAGAUAAUCAUCGCGAUCCAACAUCAUUUUUUGAUGUUUUUGAUAUGCAACCGUUUAGUUCCGCUAUAUCGGAUAUGAGUAGAUUGAGUCCCCAUUCGCAAAAACAGCAGUUGGAACAAGAAAUUUGGUUUCACGGAAGCGUCAGCCGAUCCGAAGCAGAAUCUAUGCUUACACGAGAUGGCGACUUCUUGGUCCGAGAAUCGCACGGUUCUCCUGAUCAAUAUGUAUUGACUGGUAUGCAUAAUGGCACCGCAAAGCAUUUACUUCUGAUAGAUCCAGAAGGCGUCGUUCGCACGAAAGAUCGUGUAUUUGAUAGCGUAAGUCACUUAGUGAAUCAUCAUUGCGACAACGUAUUACCUAUCAUAUCGGCUGACAGUGUUCUAGUGUUGCGUCACCCUAUUCCAAGAGACAUAAAUUAUUAAAUUUUGUAACGAGAUGUCAAAUAACAAGAGCGCACAGACUUGGCAGCGAUUUUCUAAAUAGUUAUUUCGCAUAUAUUUUUUAUAUGAGAAUCUUUGACAAGUCUAUGGCUUUUUGAUAUUUUUUAAAUCGAGUUCUUUUUUGAAUAUAUAAGAAAAAAUACACACACAAAUUUUAUUUGUCUUUCCGUUGUGCAACGAAUAGACAAUUUGCGAGGAAAAAUAGUUGCCAGUGAAUCUCUAUAUAAAAAUGUGCCACUCUAACCAAAGCAAAGUAUAGUUUUUAUAUAAAUUAUUAUUUGCCUUUUUUCAAAUUUAUUUACUAUUCGUCUAUUUUAUUAGAGAUAUCGCUAAAUGAAAAGAUUUAUCCUUUUACAUUGUGUGUGUUCUUUAAACAUACUAACGUGUUUAUAUUAUAUACCAACAUAUGUAAACUAUAAUUAUAACGUAUUACAAUUAUCCUCUUUAAAUUUUUUAUUUCAUUAUUUGAAAUAGAAAAUAUAUACACAAAUAGUUUCCAAGCAUCAUUUUUUUUCCAGUACCUUCUCCGUCUUCUUUACUUCGGUACAAUAUAUAAAUUGUAAAGAAAGUGGUCGCAAUAUUUUAGACACGUUUUAGUAUUUCACAGUACACAGCGCGUCAUUGAAUCACGGAAUAGGCGCGGGAUCGGAGGACAAGCGGGGCGCGCGCGGUUGCUCCCCAA